AAACCAAGGAUAUAUGAAAUUCCAAAUUUUUACAUAAAUGAUUUCAAGUGAUCUGUCUAUUAUCUCAUUUGAACAAUAAAUAAUUUCUUUUUAUUGCAGAUUACGCAGGCAGUGUUCCACCAACAUUAGGUACUACUACGGCCAGUCUAACCAAUGACAUGAUUUCAGCAACCCCCCCAGCAAACUCGUCCUGCUUCGAGUGUGCAUCUAACUAUGAAUGUGUGUAUGAUCCAAGCUGGGUUUGCGAUGGUAUCGAUGAUUGCGAUAACAGAGAGGAUGAAUUGAACUGCAUAGGUACUACUACGGUUAGUCCAACCAAUGACACGAUUUCAGUUUCAGUGGUUAACCUGACUGUUGGAGAAACGCGGUCAAUUUCAUCACCAAACUAUCCUAAUGAGUAUCCAAACAACGCCUAUUAUACUUGGUACAUCACGGCUCCAUCAAACUACUCGGUGCUCAUCACAUUCAUAGCAUUUAAUCUGGAGAGUGGCUAUGACCAUCUGAGCAUAGGGAAUGGUCAUACACCUGGGAACUUGGUGGUAAAAACUUUCUCAGGACAAGAUAUACCAGCGUCUUUGAGAUUGUACAGUUCUAAUAGUUGGAUGCGAUUCACCAGUGACUAUUCAGUCACGCAUCAGGGGUUCCAACUGCAGCUAACAGUGAUCGCUGGAUCUUUAGCAAACUCGUCCUGCUUCGAGUGUGCAUCUAACUUUGAAUGUGUGUAUGAUCCAAGCUGGGUUUGCGAUGGUGACUAUGAUUGCUUUAACGGAAAGGAUGAAUUGAACUGCACAGCAACCCCCGCAGCAACCCCCGCAGCAAACUCGUCCUGCUUCGAGUGUGCAUCUAACUAUGAAUGUGUGUAUGAUCCAAGCUGGGUUUGCGAUGGUAUCGAUGAUUGCGAUAACAGAGAGGAUGAAUUGAACUGCAUAGCAACCCCCGCAGCAACCCCCGCAGCAAACUCGUCCUGCUUCGAGUGUGCAUCUAACUAUGAAUGUGUGUAUGAUCCAAGCUGGGUUUGCGAUGGUAUCGAUGAUUGCGAUAACAGAGAGGAUGAAUUGAACUGCAUAGCAACCCCCGCAGCAACCCCCGCAGCAAACUCGUCCUGCUUCGAGUGUGCAUCUAACUAUGAAUGUGUGUAUGAUCCAAGCUGGGUUUGCGAUGGUAUCGAUGAUUGCGAUAACAGAGAGGAUGAAUUGAACUGCAUAGGUACUACUACGGUUAGUCCAACCAACGACCCAAGUUCAGUUUCAGCUGUUAACCUGACUGUUGGAGAAACGCUGUCAAUUUCAUCACCAAACUAUCCUCAUGAGUAUCCAAACAACGCCUAUUAUACUUGGUACAUCACAGCUCCAUCAAACUACUCUGUGAUCAUCACAUUCAUAGCAUUUGAUCUGGAAUCUUGCUGUGACCAUCUGAGCAUAGGGAAUGGUCAUACGCCUGGCAACUUGGUGGUAAAAACUUUCUCAGGACAAGAUAUACCAGCGUCUUUGAGAUUGUACAGUUCUAACAGUUGGAUGCGAUUCACCAGUGACGGUUCAGUCAAGCGUCAGGGGUUCCAGCUGCAGCUAACAGUGAUCCCUGGAUCUUUAGGGUGCGGCAAUGACUCUUUCACAUGUAUCAACAACCAUUGCAUUCUGAAUUCUCAAACUUGUGAUGGUUACAAUGAUUGUGGUGACUUUUCUGAUGAGGAGUAUUGUCCACCCUGUGUUCCUCUAGAGAAUAUAGGUGAAUGUGGACAAUUACCGUAUGACAGAACAUACUUCUCGAAUCAGUAUUCUCCAAAUUCUCCUCAGGCAGUUCUUUCUUACAAUUUUAUUAUACACAGUUUACAAGGUUGUCAUCCCAGAGCCAUCGACCUUGCAUGCAACUUACUGUUUCCUGAAUGCAUCCAUCAAGGACCUACAAAUCGCCCAUGCUACUCAGAUUGUGUGAAUAUUACAGCACACUGUAGAGACCUCUUUGAGCAGCACUCAAACAUGUCUUGGCCUGUGAACUGCAAAGACUUUACAGAUAAAGGGAGAACACCUGAUGGUUACUGCCAGGGAGCCACAGGAGACCUGUUCAAAACUGACAUCUGUGGUACAAGACCAGCAUAUAGACAGAAAUUUGCCGAAAUAGUAGGUGGCGUGGAUGCAAAUGAAGGCGAAUUUCCCUGGAUGGUAUAUUUGAAAGAUAACGGAUCCGGUUUCUGCGGAGGUACUCUAAUCUCUUCCGAAUGGGUAGUGACAGCAGCUCACUGUGUCUCUUCUGGUAGCCCCUAUACUGUGGAUGAAAUUGUCUUUGGGAAUCUCAACAUUGAAAGCACUUCACCACAUGUCCUCAGCAUUACACCCAGUCAAAUAUUCAUUCAUCCCGACUAUGAUUCUAUCACCGUUGAUGCAGAUAUAGCACUCAUCCAACUCUCUACGCUAGUCAAUUACACUGAUUACAUCAGACCAGCAUGUCUUGCAAAUUCAUCUCAAGAAACCACUGUAUACAAGCAAUGUUUAGUUAGCGGAUGGGGAAAUACUCAAAUUGAUGGAUAUCCAGACCACUUGCAGAAGGCAUUCGUGGGUUUGAUUAGCAGAAUCACCUGUGGAAGUCUACUUGGGACUGAAAGCUUUACAGACAACAUGAUAUGCGCAGGAUAUGAAAGAGGAGAUAUAGAUACCUGUUCCGGUGAUAGUGGUGGUCCUUUAGCGUGUGAAGGUCCAGAUGGUAGAUGGCACCUGGUCGGUGUAACCAGUUGGGGAUAUGGAUGUGCGGAACCAGGAAGUCCAGGAGUGUACGCGAGAGUCUCUGAGCUGUUGCCUUUCAUUCUAGGAGUUGUGAAAAAUUACGCAGGCAGUGUUCCACCAACAUUAGGUACUACUACGGCCAGUCUAACCAAUGACAUGAUUUCAGCAACCCCCCCAGCAAACUCGUCCUGCUUCGAGUGUGCAUCUACCCUAGUAAAAAAUAAAUAG